GCUGGAGCACCAAGUCCCUGUGAUCGCACAACUACUCUCAGGACAGGGCCAUAAUGAGCCAGUUGUCGAGAUAGUUGAGGAUCCUGACGCCCACUUCCCAGAGUGGGGCAAGGGCACCCUCCGCAAGCUUCGUGAAGACACAGGGGGACAGGGAGAGCCCGAAGGGGAGGACUUUGUACUGCCAUGCCUGACCCUCGAAUGCAAACUGCAGAAAUGGUCUGUGGCGAAGGAGGAUCGAGACAUGAAAGUACGCUGUCAACUCUGGGUCAAAUUCGGCAGUGGCGAUAACACCCAAGGGGGGCAGCCCCGCCGAAUCUUCAUCCACAGAGGUCAACAGCCCAUCCCCGAUGCUGCAAUCGACAUCUGAUCCCCGCCGGCAAACUGAAUGACCCGUUGGGACUGCCAGAAGACAGCCCAGCAAAAUCACCCAGCAGCCGCACAGGACAAACACUGCGGAAGGGGUAAGAGGUCCAUGAGGCGUGGCCCGGCGGAGAAGCUCUCAUUGUCACCUUCAAAUCUCCCAGAGCACUAGCCAGCGGUCCUCUGCUCAUGACAGAGAAACCGUAAUGGGUAGUGACAGAGGGGUCUGCUCCUUUCCCUUUAAGAAAGGAGAGACGCGAUCGCAGCGUUGCCAUGGUCACACACGCAGUAUGUGCAUGAACCAUCCACGAACGCGCCUUCAGCGUGCUGAAUGCCCAGACACGAAAGACAACGAUGGUGGCCAUUGUCAGAGAACAGGAAACAACCGCAUCCAGAAGGAUGUGGAUGAAACGGCGUCUUUAAAAAGAUGCAAAUCGUCUGUGAUUUGCUCUUUUAGGAAAUCUGCUCUCUUAGUUGAAGCGCCCAGGGGAAUCAGUGAAAGGGACACCGUUGUUUGCGCCGUAACGCCAACCAGAACAGCUUCCCGACACAGCAGACGAAUGGCUUUGUGGAGUAUAAUAGCUUUCAUACCACCACUUGGCCCUCUUUAUACCCGUUGGCACAAGGAGUGGCUCAUGUAUGUUAAAUCCACUAGCCAAUUUUCAUUGGCGUUUUCUCUUAAACUCAGAGAUGAUUGGCCUCCCAGGUGAGACCCCAUAUGCCGUUCGACAUAACUCAUAGUGACCGACAGAUAGGGAACUGAUUACUUUUCUAAACAUCUAUGUUUUCAAACCUUAACCUUACGGUUAGUGCUCAACACUGAUCACCUUCAUCACUUGAAUUAAGAUUAUAGUAAUUUAAUUUAAAACACAGCCACCACAAAAUCGGAUUUUAGCACCCUUAUUACUUUGAGAUUAUUCUGAGGUUAAAUACAUAUUUAAAAACUUAACACAAAAUAGUUUAGUUGCUAUGAUACUGUUUUUUAAACAAAAUAUUUGUUUAUAGAUAGGAAACAUUGGUAUCUAACAAUUCCUUGGGGGGCAAAAAACUGUUAAUCAUGUGUUGUAAACUCCUGAAAUAUUGGUAUCUCAUACUUUAGAGCAAUCCAUGCAAUUUAUCAAAGAUAUCAGUUAAAGUGUGUGUGUAGGUGUGUUUGUGUGUAUAUAGGUGUGUAGGCGUGUGUGUGUAAUGGGGCCGAUGAGUCGUUAGACUUGCAGAUCCAUGUGCAAGUUUUAUUACACAGAGACGUGGUCAUUACAGGCAUGGGUCAAAUGCUGACAGACAGGUAUAUAGAGGGCAAGAUGAAUUUUCCUAGGACAAGCGUGGGUCUUCGAUGAGCGAGCAAUAUCCAGAGGGCUACGCAAGAGGGGUAAUCCAGAAUCCAGAGCAAAGGGUCAAAACAUGACAAGGCAAGGCAAGGCAAGAAAAAGACUAAACUAUGAAAACUAGAAAAACUAAGAUGAGACUAUGAAAACUAUGAACCAUAACAAGACUAAGAAAACAAACACAGAAUGGCUUGGUAUCGCAUGGAGAGGGAUAUGGGCUGAACAAUACUCGGCCGUGUGUGAGAGGAAGUCCAAUGCUUAUAAAGCAUGUCUGAUGGUUGUGCUGUGUGUGUGUGUGUGUGUGUAGGGGUGUGUUUGUGUGUAUGACAAAAUUCAAAUGUAUCCCCUUUGUAAUCAUUAACAUUUUCAAAAGUAUCUGUAAUUUAAGUAGACAUUUUUUAGGAACUGUAACUGAUUACAGUUACAUUUAAUUUAUAAUUAAAUUACGUAAUUCAGUUACAUGUAACUAGUUUCUCCCCAACACUGGUUAUGUGUCUAUAUCCCAAUUUCUCACAAACAGAUUGUAUUAAUGGUGGAUGAAAACUAUUAGUAUAGUUUUGACAGAAAAAGUUAUAGAAUUGUUAUCACAUGUGUAGCAAAUUAGCUCAAAAGGGAAAUAUUUACGAUUAAUUAUAACUGGUUAUAAUUAAUAAUGAAUAUUUAGAUUAGAUUUAAGAAUUAACUGUAGUACAAUUGAUAUUACAAUUAUUUGAAUCAAUUGGUAAUAUAAGGGAUUUAAUAAAUGAACCUAAACCUAACAUAUUACUAAACCAAGCAAGACAUAUAGAUGUACAUAUACAGAAUGAAGGAAAGUAAGGAAGAGAAAAGGAAUAGCAAAAGAAUGGCAGUAUUUCACAUCAAUUAACCAUAACCUAAUGAGAAUCAUCAAAUAAUCAAGGGGCUCAAACUUAAACACGCAUCUAAAUAGUUGUAAACGGUUACUUGCAUUGGUUUCAUUCCUGAACAAGAGUCCUGAACGGAGGUUCUUGAUUAGUUCUUUUAGAGGUAAGCUGGAGAUUUUCCUCUGGUUCUUCUGAAGAUAGGAAAGUACACAGCAGAUUGAAAAAGUUCUUUUGAAGAUAAAAAAACUGCUGGAAAAUCGAACUCAAAAGGUAAGUUUGAGGAGUCUUGGAUAGUGUUCGUCUUGAAAAGCAAUGGUUUCUGAGCGCAGAUUAUCCAAAGAUAAUGAAUUUUAACAAUUUCUGUUCACACCCACCUUUAGGGUGGAAUGCCCAAUCAGAGGCAUGAAUUUUAAGCAGGAAAAACUUUAUUUUUCUCUGUUUAUGGUCCAUUUGCAUGUUUAUUGCUAGUCUGGGGAACUUGUGUAGUUUUACCCAAAACUAUGGUACAAACAGUAAGAUGCAUUUGACAAUCACAUAGUGUACAGAAUUGUUUGAGGAAUAAAAAGCAGAUCAAUUUGAUACCAAGGACAAUACAUCUAAAAAGAUCUUAAAGCAGAUAUACACUCAUUUACCUAAAUAUAAGUAUUGAGAGUCUAACUAAUACAAAUAAAGAAUUGUUACUAGGCUACUGCAAUAGUGAAACAUACAAAUAAUACAUGCGUAUACCAGAUACAUUUGUAAAUGAUUAAUUAUAUUCUAAAUGAAGAAAAGUUUUUGUGUGUGUGUGUGUGUGUGUGUGUGUGUGUGUGUGUGUGUGUGUGUGUGUGUGUGUGUGUGUGUGUGUGUUGUGUAUUGAGAAUAAGUCGAUAAGAAGUCGGAUGGGGAGACCCGAGAGUUGAUCUGUUCAUCAUCUUCCAGAUAAUGGGACUAGGGUUAGGGUUAACAUUACUAUUUACCAUUAAGCACCCAUAUAACUGCAUACCACGGGGCCAGAUUCUGUCAUUUAUAUGCAAAUGUCAAAAGGCUAUAGGAAUCCCUAUAACAUAAAUCCCAAACAAUCGUACAUGAUCCUAAGCAGAUGCUACACAUGUUCAUGUAAAAAAUCUUGUGGUUUUCUUCUGGUUUUUAUUGUAUUUACAAUAGUUUUUGCCAUGAAAAUAGCCUAAGAUGCUGGCAUGGCAUUGAAUAAAAAUAUACUACUAUGAAUAGAGUCUGAAUGUUUUCUUCUUAUUUCCAGGACAUACCUCCACUGAGCAUCGUCUAUCAUUUCUAUGUCCACUGGUUCUGAGUUUUAGAUUCCCGGCUAAUUAUCCUUCAGCUUCGGCUCCACUUUUUGUUCUAAGCUCCAACUGGCUCACAAGAGUCCAGGAGACUGGAUGAGCUUUGGGAGGAGAACCAAGGCAACGUGAUUCUUUUUACCUGGAUGCAGUUCCUCAAGGAAGAGACUCUGGACUUCCUGGGAAUCCAGUCACCGCUGGAAAUCCAGAGCAUUGAGAGUGAAUCUGGCCUAAAACAAGCAGCGGACGUUUCUGGGGAAAAAUGUAAAGUGCAAGAUUUAGACCCAAGAGCUGUGCAAGAAGUCGACGCUCGCACAGAUAUACUGAGUCAGCUGCUAGAUUUUGACGAAGCUCAAAAUCAGAAGGUGUUUGAUGGGACGGUAUUCUGCUGCAGCAUCUGUUUCUUAGAUAAGCUCGGAUCGGAAUCACUGCUCUUCAAAGAGUGUCAGCAUGUGUACUGCAAGUCCUGCAUGAAGGAAUACUUUCAGAUCCAGAUUAGGGACGGAAAGGUCCAGUGCCUUACCUGCCCUGAUCCAAAGUGUGUGUCCAUGGCCACUCCUUCACAGGUGAAACUUCUUGUGAGCAAAGACGAGUUUGCACGCUAUGAUCGUCUCCUGUUGCAGUCAAGUCUUGACCUGAUGAAGGAUGUGGUGUAUUGUCCUCGUAUAAGCUGCUCUAUGGCGGUGAUGGUGGAGCCAGACUCAAACAUGGGCAUCUGUCCCGCCUGCAAAUAUCCCUUCUGUACGCUCUGUAAGAGGACCUAUCACGGCCUCAAUAACUGCAUACCGACUGAUGAUGAUUUACGUAUGCAAGAUGAGGAUAAUUCUGCGAGCGAAGAGUGGAAUAAGAUCGAAGAGAGGCAUGCCAUUCAGAGGGUGUUGGACUCUCUCUGCACAGACUGGGUAAAGGUUAACUGUAAACAGUGCCCUUGCUGUGGCACUAACAUAGAGAAGAAUAUGGGCUGUAAUAAGAUGACCUGUUCGGUGUGUCACGGUUAUUUCUGCUGGAUCUGUCUGACAGCUCUUUGCAAGAAAGACCCUUACAGCCACUACAAGGACCCCGACUCGCCCUGCUACAACCAGUGAGAACAGUCUCCACUGCUGAGUCUUUCUACAUUCACUUAAGACAUAACCAUCUGUGCUCAAAUUACAGGAAAUCUUUAUCAUGCACUACAAGUCAAACGCUUUUAUCAUUAUAUAUAUAUAUUUAUUUAUUUAUUUUUUCUCCAAAGUACAGAAAAGGCAGUAAAAAAUUUAAAUAUUUUUACUAUUUAAAAUAACUGUUUUUUAUUUGAAUAUAUUUUCAAAUAUAAUUUAUUCAUCUGAUUUCAAAGUUGUAUUUUCAGCAUCAUUCCUCCAGUCUUCAGCAUCACAUGAUCUUCAGAAAUCAUUCUAAUAUGAUGAUUUACUGCUCAAGAAACAUUUCUGAUUAUUGUCAAUGUUGAAAACAAUUGAGUAUAAUUUUUUUUCAGGUUUCUUCAAAGAAUAGAAAGUUUAUCUGAAUUGAUCUAAUUCAAACUAACUGAAUUUGGUGCAUUUUCUGGAGUACAAAUCUGAACAUGUUUAGGAUGAAUUCUAUGCAAAGUUUUACACACAAGUCUACAGUAUAAUAGAUUUCAGAUGACUGAAGGUUAACGGCUGGUGCACUGACGGUGUAUGAAGAAUGAAAUAUUUACUUUUGAACCUAAAUUAUUUAUUUUGAUAAAAUACAAUUUACGAUUUAUGUUUUACGAUACAAUAUUUGGUAAAAAUAAUGAGGCAGAAAUAUAUUGUUAGUAAGAUUUUAGAGGAUUCUUAUGUGUGGGGUGAAAGGAAAAAGUAACUAGUAGUAAAGUCAUAAUAUUAGUUUUGAAAUGAGAUGAACUAGUAAUGAGUAAUAUAUUACUUUUUAGUAACUAAACACUGGUGGACAGACUAUCAUCAAGACUAAAUCAUCUCUCCAUUGAUGUCUGGUUUGUUCGAAGGACAAUAUUUGUCUGAAAUACAACUAUUUCAAAAUCUGGGGGAGCAAAAAAAUGUAAAUAUUGAGAAAAUCAUCUUUAAAGUUGUCCAAAUGAACUUCUUAGCAAUGCAUAUUACUAAUCAAAAAUAAAGUUUAGAUAUAUUUACAGUAGGAGAUUUACUAAAUAUCUUAAUGGGACAUGAUCUUUACUUAUUAUCCUAAUGAUUUUGAAAGAGUUGAAUUCAUGAUUGAUUUGUUUCAUAACUUUUUACACACGUGGUUCUGUAUGGGACGACUCAAGAAAUCUCUAGUGCUGUUAAAAGUUUAGGCACUUGUGUAAAAACACUGUGAAAUAAAGAUGCUGUCAAAACUAAUGUCAUGAAUAGAUUUUCUUUAUCAAUAAACUAAAUGAAAUCA